AUUAUAAAAAAAAACCAUAUAAAUAUAUAUAAAUUAUUCAAAUGGCCGCGAACCCGAACGAAGCACUUUUCAAUCGCCCAGGCCCCAACCGCCUGCGGCAAUCGGAGGUCUAUCGCACCACCGAUCCCGAGGAGGCCGUCAAGAUACGCAUGAGCAAGGAGGGCCUCGGCGCCGAGGAGCCCAUCUCGAUACCCGGCCUACUGAAGCGCGCCGUCAACAAUUUUCCCGACUAUCCAGCGCUGCGCACCAAGAACGGCAAAAAUGGCUACACCACAGUUACCUAUAAGCAAUACGAACAGAAGGUGCAUCAGGCAGCGAAGGCGUUCAUUAAACUCGGCCUGCAGGAACAUCAUUCGGUGGGCGUGCUGGCCUUCAACUGUGCCGAAUGGUUCUACUCGGCAAUGGGUGCCAUUCAUGCCAGGGGCAUCAUUGCUGGCAUCUAUACAACCAACUCGGCGGAGGCCGUGCAGCAUGUGUUGGAGAACUCGCGUGCACAGAUUGUCAUCGUGGAUGAAGCCAAGCAGAUGGAUAAAAUCCGUGAGAUACGCGACAAAUUGCCCAAUCUGAAGGCAGCCAUCCAGAUCCAGGAACCCUAUGCGCCCUACUUGAAAAAGGAGGAUGGCUACUACAGGUGGUCAGAGAUUGAGGCGAUGACUGUGACCGACGUGGAGGAGGAGUACAAGCGUCGCCUGGAGAACAUUGCGAUCAAUGAGUGCUGCUGUUUGGUCUACACCUCCGGCACGGUGGGCAUGCCCAAGGGCGUCAUGCUCUCCCAUGAUAAUAUUUCAUACGAUACGCGCGGCAUUGGCAAGGGCUUGGAGAAAAUUGUAUAUGGUGGCGAGAGUAUGGUCUCCUAUCUGCCGCUCUCGCAUGUGGCGGCGCAGGUUGUCGACAUUUACACCGUUGCCUCGAUGGCCGGUUGCAUUUGGUUUGCCGAUAAGGACGCGCUGAAGGGAACGCUGGUUAAGACGCUGCAGGAUGCACGUCCGACGCGCUUUAUUGGCGUGCCGCGUGUCUUUGAGAAGUUCCAGGAGCGCAUGGUUGCGGUUGCCAGCUCCAGUGGUAGCUUUAAGAAAAUGCUCGCCGCCUGGGCCAAGGGCAUUUCGCUGAAACACUAUAUGGAGGAUCAGGGCAAGAGCAGCGGAGGCUUCCGCUACAAGAUUGCCAAGUCGCUCAUAUUGUCCAAGGUGAAGGCUGCCCUGGGCUUUGAUCGUGUGGUCAGCUUGGUGACCGCUGCAGCGCCCAUGUCGCCGGAGACCAAGAAAUACUUCCUUAGUCUGGACAUGAAGAUAUUGGAUGCGUUUGGCAUGUCCGAAUCCGGUGGCUGUCACACGCUCUGCCUGCCCGACUCACACCUGUUGAACUCGAUUGGCAAAACGUUGCCGGGCUGUGAAUCGAAGAUAAUCAAUCAGGAUGAGAAUGGACAUGGCGAGCUGUGUAUACGCGGCCGUCACGUGUUCAUGGGCUACAUUUUCAACAAGGAGAAGACCGAAGAGUCCCUGGACGACGAUUGCUGGCUGCACACCGGCGAUCUGGGCUUUAUCGAUGACAAGGGCUACGUGAUGCUGACGGGUCGAUCCAAGGAGCUGAUCAUCACAGCUGGCGGUGAGAAUAUACCGCCCGUUCACAUUGAGAAUAUUAUCAAAAAGGAAUUGGAUGGCAUUUCCAAUGCCUUCCUGGUGGGCGAGCAGCGCAAAUACUUAACUGUGCUCGUUUCAAUCAAGACCGAGGUGGAGCGUGAGUCGGGCGCGCCCAUGGAUGAGCUCACACACGAAUCGAUUAUGUGGAUGAAAUCUCUGGGCGUUGAGUACAAGACCCUUAGCGAAAUUCUGAAGGCCGGCCCUUGUCCCAAGGUGUUGAAGUCCAUCGAGGAUGGCAUUAAGCGCGCCAACAAACAGUCCAUCUCGAAUGCCCAGAAAGUGCAGAAAUUCGCCAUAUUGCCACAUGACUUCUCGAUAGCCACCGGCGAGUUGGGACCCACUCUGAAGGUCAAGCGCAAUGUGGUCAAUAAAAUGUACGCGGAUCUGAUCGAGACCCUAUAUGCCUAAGAACGAUUCCGCGUUUGGCUGUGAAACCAAAAAUCCAAAAACUACAUAAAAAAACCUUAUGAAAAUGUUUCUAAAACUAUGCGAGCUAUGCAAUUUGAGCUUUAACACAAAAAUGAUAUGAAAUGAAUUUAAACGGACUCACAAGCCAUUGCCAGCUUAUACAUAUACAAACAAAUAUAUAUAUAUAUAAACUAUUUGUAUAGGGAAAUUUUUUAGAUAACAAAUCCUAUCGUAACCCACCCGCUACUCAAUUUGUAUGAGUGCGAUGUUGAUAAUGAUGUUAAUGAUGUUGAUAAUAAUGUUGAUGAUAAUAAUGAUGAUAACGAUGAUGAUCUGGUUGAUGUUAAUGAUUUACGACUAUUCUUUUCCAUCAAACUAUAUAGAUAUUUAGCAUAUAAGUCUUUGAAAUUGUAUGUUAAUUUGUUUUAUUUACUGAAACACACAAGCGCUAAGGAAAUU